UAGUCCAAAUAACACGGCAGUUUCUUGCUUCACAGAGAACAAGGGAAGAAUGGGCUCGCAUUCCGGGGUUAUUCUCGUCUUUUGGAACAAUGUAUGGUCCUAGGCAGAGAUAACGAUCAGGUCCCCACAUCGUCAAUAGAAAGGAAAGAAAAUUCCCCACUUUGCUUCGGAGAAACGUGGUCGGGGGUCGCCGUUUGACCUGAACAACAUUAAACCACAAUGGCCGGCCACAAAGACACAGUCGAGGUCGACUGGGAUGAAGCGAUCCCCGAUCUGAUCACAGAUUCCUCGUCCGAGGCCAGCACGUCCAUCCGAUCCACCGUAUUCCAGUACGAAUACCGACACGGUCGGCGCUAUCACAGCAAGUUCGCUGGAAAUUACCAUUUCCCCAACGAUGAAGCCGAACAGGACCGACUGGAUAUGGUCCACCAUAUGUACUAUCGAGUAUUGAACGAUCGACUGUUCCUGGCUCCGAUCGAUCUGGACGGAAAGCGCAUCCUCGAUAUUGGAACGGGAACCGGAGCGUGGGCCAUCGAGCUAGGCGACGAGUACCCGACGGCUGCAGAAAUCGUCGGGAACGAUCUUAGUCCCAUUCAGCCCGACUGGGUGCCGCCGAAUACGAGAUUCUACGUUGAUGACGUCGAGAAAGAUUGGUUGGAGAGCCAAAAGUACGAUUUCAUUCACUGUCGCUACAUGGCCGGUUCGAUUCGGGAUUGGCCGAGACUGAUCCGUCAAUGUUAUGAGAACCUGGAACCGGGAGGAUACCUAGAACUACAGGAAGCAACCAACACAUUGUACGCGGAGGAUGGCACGUUACCGCCGGAUUGCUACACCGUGACGAUGUUGGAUGCGCUCAAGGAGGCCUGUCUGCGCAUUGGGCAGACGAUGGAUCCGGCCCCGCAUAUGAGAGGCUGGGUGGAAGAUGCCGGCUUCACGCUUGUCGACGAGUCGAGAUUCAAGCUCCCGCUGGGAACUUGGCCAAAGGACACGCGGUUGAAGGAAUGUGGCAGCUUCAAUCGGAUGAACUUUAUCGAGGGCGUGGAUGCCUUCACAGCGUCGCUCCUCCCCGAUAUUCUAGGCUGGCAGAAGGUAGAGGUGAUGAUUCUCAACGCCGGAGUUCGAAAGGAAAUUAUGGCUAACACUAUGCAUGCCAUGUCCGAUUUCCUAGUGAUUGUUGCCCAGAAGCCCGUAGAGUGACCGAGAAGAAAGACCUGUGCCUCCAAGAGAAAGCCUGCUUUCUGGGCUUAAAACGCAACGUCGAUUCUAUGGAAACGACCCAUAUGACCA